AUGCCAUCUGCCGCUGGAUACUCGUUAAAAUCGAGUCUGAAAAGUGUCGAUAUUAGUUCGCUAGAAGCCACAAAUGAGUACGUUUCGCUAGUGAAGAAUCAAGAGAUUGUAGAAGUGCCAGAACUGGAGCUAGAGUCUGGAGCAGUGAUUCAUAACUUCCCGAUUGCUUACAAAACGUGGGGUCGACUUAACGAACGUGGUGACAAUGUUCUGGUGGUGUGUCAUGCCCUCACUGGCUCAUCGGACGUAGCAGAUUGGUGGGGCCCACUUCUGGGGCCGGAUCUUGCGUUUGACACUUCACGGUUUUUAGUAAUAUGUUUGAACUCGAUGGGGUCUCCUUACGGGUCAUUCUCCCCACUAAAUGUUGACCCAGAUUGUGGUGAAGUUUACGGACCGGAGUUUCCAUUAUGCACGGUUCGCGAUGAUGUAAGAGCUCACAAAAUUGUUUUGGAUUCCUUGGGGAUUUCGUCUGUAGCGUGCGUCAUCGGGGGAUCCAUGGGUGGGAUGCUUGCCCUGGAGUGGUCGUUGACGUUUGGUCGCGAGUACGUCAGGAAUUUGGUUGCGCUGGCUACCAGCGCAAGACAUUCAGCAUGGUGCAUCUCAUGGUCUGAAGCUCAAAGACAAUCCAUUUAUUCUGACCCUAACUACUUGGACGGCUACUAUCCUAAGGGCAAACAGCCUGUGGUGGGACUUUCCGCUGCGCGGAUGUCUGCGCUCCUGACGUACCGUUCUCGAAACAGUUUUGAGAAUAAGUUUGCCAGAAGAUCUCCCUCUUUAUUACAACAGCAGAAAUCCAGCAAGAGCCUCGACACAUAUAAACCCUCAAAACUGCAUGAGCACAAUCUGGCUAUUCAUAAUGAUGGUCACUCACAUUCAAAAAAACAUGAGCGCAGAAGCAGUGAGUCUAGUGAUUCUUCGUCCGAAUCAGUAAAGUCUUUGUCUUCUACCACUUCUUCUUCGUCAAUCACCUCAAAGCAAGGUAAGGCCAUCAAGCCAGCACAGACAUACUUUUCUGCGCAAAGCUAUCUCAGGUACCAGGGAAAGAAAUUCAUUGAUAGAUUCGAUGCCAACUGUUACAUUUCCAUCACUAGAAAACUGGACACUCAUGAUCUGGCUCGCGAUCGCGACGAGUAUGACGAGGAUUUGGAUAAAGCACUCGAAUCCAUUCAACAGCCAUCUCUAAUUAUUGGCAUCAAGUCCGAUGGGUUAUUCACGUACUCUGAGCAGGAAUAUCUUGCAGCUCACAUACCCAAUGCGGAGUUGAAGAAAAUAGAUUCUCCGGAAGGUCAUGACGCUUUCUUGCUUGAGUUUAAACUGAUAAACGAGUAUAUCAUCGACUUUUUGAAGACAAAUGCUAAGGAGAUCACUCAGUCUCCUCCUCGUCUUUGGCAGGAUAACACGGACCGCGAAAUUGUGAAGAACUCGCUCUUUGGCGAAGCUGAGGAGGUGACGAAUUGGUGA